AAUUAAACAAAGAUGAUGGGAGGUUGGGCAGUAGUAGAAGUGGAAGAAAGACACCACUAAGUCUUAGCAGUUGUUCAUCAUGGUAUCAAUCAACAUUUGGGAUCCAACCAUUAAACCUUCACAAUCAUUGAAGUACGUCAUUAAGUUGUUGCUGGAACAAACUAUUAAUUCAUUGUUCAAACUGAAGAUCACAAGAAAAUUUAAGUGAAAGUCUUUGAACCAUUACCUCAUACAAAUUAACCAGCUCAUGUGACAGCUGCUGUAUAUUUGUGAUUC